GUGAGUCUAAAAAAUAAUGUUAUGGCUUUUUCGAGCUUUGUAGUACAUUUUUCAGCCCAGAAUUAAUAUUCUGUAAAAUUAAAAGUCGAAACUACGAAGGACUAUAACUACAUAGUAAAUAUAUAUAUUAUAUAUUAUAUAUUAUAUAUUAUAUAUUAUAUAUUAUAUAUUAUAUAUUAUAUAUUAUAUAUUAUAUAUUAUAUAUUAUAUAUUAUAUAUUAUAUAUUAUAUAUUAUAUAUAAUGUAUCUCCACAUGUAUCACCUACCACAGCAAAGGGCACUCUUCCAUAAAUACAUAACGAACGACACUGACUUGGAUAGCAUUAUUUACAAUACGAGCUUGAUGCUGACCAACUCACACGUCAGUGUCUCGGACGCUGUCCCUCACGUACCAGGUAUUAUCGAAAUUGGAGGUUUUCACGUAAAUCCCCCCAAAAAACUACCGGAAGAUUUACAAAAGUUCCUUGACGAGGCUUCUGAUGGUUUUAUUUUAUUCUCAAUGGGCUCGAAUUUGAAAAGUCAGGACUUGAAGCCGGAAGUGCGUGACGGAAUUUUGAAAUCAUUUUCGAAAAUCAAGCAAAAAGUGUUGUGGAAAUUUGAAAGCGAUUUACCCAAUCUGCCAAACAAUGUGAAAAUUAUGAAAUGGGUGCCACAACAGGAUGUUUUAGCACACCCAAAUAUUCGACUUUUUAUCAGCCAUGGUGGUUUCCUAAGUACCGUGGAAGCCGUCUACCAUGGAGUCCCCAUAAUUGGUAUUCCUGUCUUCGGGGAUCAGAAAUACAACAUUGCAACAGCCGAGCAUGAUGGGUAUGCUGUGGCAAUUCAGUUGGAUGAUUUGUCGGAAGAAACACUAACUCGAGCUUUGAAUGAAGUACUAACAAAUCAAAAAUACAAAAAUGUUGUCAAACAAAGAUCGAAGUUAAUGCACGACCAACCACUAACACCUGUUGAGACUGCCAUAUACUGGGUGGAACACGUGAUUCGUCAUAAGGGAGCUCCUCAUUUAAGGUCAAGUGGAGUUGAUUUGAAAUGGUACCAAAGGGAAAUGAUUGAUGUUGGCGUUUUCCUAAUUGUGGUCACAUGUCUCGUACUGACAGUAACUCUCGUCAUUAUUACAAAAAUGCUCAAAUUUGUGUUUUGUAAAAACAAAAAGGACGUCAGCAAGAAGAAGAAGAAUCAAUAAAAUAGAUAAAUAAUGUUAUGCAAUUUUUAUUGUUUUUUGUGCAAUAAAAAUAUUUUUUUUA